CAUCCUUAUUGGUAUUCCUCCCUGGUCCUCUGGAUUGGCGGCCCGGAAGCACAACCAAAACAAGCUGUACUCCGCGUGAACCGCGUACCCAACAUAGGCAGACAGACAGACAGACCCAUAGGUCUUGACUAUCUACAUCUGAAUUAGGAUCGGGAUCAGCAGUCACGGCUCAGAACUGGAAUCCUCCUCGUCCCCCUCCACCUGCCAGGGAUCCAGGAUCCAGACGCCGAGGGAGACAUAGGGAAAGGUAGGGAGAGGGCGGCCACGACCUGGGCGGAUUCUUCACCCGGAGCUCGAGCCGCACAUCAUGUCCACCGGCAAACGGAGAGGGCGUGGCUCUCGAGUGGGUGUUACGGGGCGAGGUGUGGCUGGCGGAGCCGACGGCGACCGAGCCCUCCGCCAAAAGAACAAUGACCGCCGCCACGCCUACUUGGACGGGCUGGAUUCGGACUCGGAUGAGGAAGUGCUCAAACAGACCUUUAACGUGCUCGAGAAAUUGGAAUCGCCGCGAUUCGCCGCUUACUUUGUCAAGGAGCUGGCGGGCGACGAACUCCAGUUGAGUUACUUCCAACGCUCGGGCUUUGCCACGCCCAUCCUGGUCAAACGAAAGGUGGGCUUGGGCAUGACCAUGCCCGAGGCCGACAGUUUCACGGUGACGGAUGUCAAGAACGCAGUGGGGGCCCGACGGGUCUUGGAUGUGAUGGAUUGUACCACGCAACGGAACUCUGAGAUCACCAUGAAAGACUUUGAGGAGUACUUCAACAACCCGAAUCGAGAUUCGCGCAAACUCAAUGUCAUUAGCCUCGAGUUCUCGUUCACCAAGUUGGAGCCGUUUGUCAUCGCACCCAAAGUGGUACGGCAAAUCGAUUGGACCGACAAUGUCUGGCCGCGACAUCUCAAGGAGCAACAGACUGAGGGCACCAAUGACCUUCGCGAGAUGAAGUAUCCCAAAGUACAAAAGUAUUGCCUAAUGUCCGUGGCGGGGUGCUACACGGAUUUCCACAUCGACUUUGGCGGCACGUCCGUUUGGUAUCACAUCGUCAAAGGCAAAAAAGUGUUUUGGAUCAUUCCGCCCACCGAAACCAAUCUCAAGAUCUACGAGCAAUGGACUUUAUCUGGCAAGCAAAGCAACGUCUUCUUCGGCGAUUUGGUAGAAAAAUGUGGUAAAGUCGUCUUGGAGACCGGAAACACUUUCUUCAUUCCCUCCGGUUGGAUCCAUGCUGUGUACACGCCCGAGGAUUCCCUCGUAUUUGGCGGUAAUUUCCUACAUUCUUUUGCCAUCGAGAAGCAAAUUCGGGUGGCUCAAAUUGAAGAGAUCACAAAGGUGCCGCAAAAAUUCCGAUUUCCCUUCUUCACGGAAUUGCAAUGGUACGCUCUGGACAAAUAUUGUUAUCAUUUGGUGGGCCGAACCCACCUCGAUUUUGACCCGGAUGUCAAAACCCGGCUCCUAGGUUCCAAAGACGAGCGGCAAAUGUUCAAAAAGAAUCUGCAGCAUAUUCACCUCACGCCCCACGAAAUCUUUGGGAUGAAAGCCAUUGUCAUGUACCUUCACGCGCUGGCCGUGUCGAAAAAGAGCGUGCCCGUUCUGCUGGACCAGCCUGUCAAUCUGAUCCGUGAUAUACGCGUUAUAGUCAACGAACACAAGAGCGACGAUCCCCAGCUUUCCAUCUCGGGCAAGCCGGUUUUCUAUUGGCCCGGAAUCAAGUACGACCCCGGAUACUCUCGUAUCAAGCCUGUGGCGAAGUCCAGCAACUCCCGGAAGGAGAAGACCAAAGACGUGUUUAUUAUUAAGAAAGAAAAAGGCAAAAAGGAUCGAGUGCCGUGUAAGAUCUGCCAGGCUUGCAUCAGUCCGGAUUGCGGCAUGUGCAGUUACUGCUCGGACAUGCCUCGCUUUGGUGGGCCUGGGCGAAUGCGACAUCCAUGUCAAAUGCGCCAGUGUCUGCAACCCUUGCUCAUUAACUCCGUGGUCUGCAAUAUUUGUGGCUUGGAUGGUUGGUAUGCAGAGACGAAUAUGAGGCUAAUAGAUCGACCUGCAGGCACUUGUGCCUUGAUGGAGUGCAAUCUUUGCAAUGAAGUGACCCAUCCCACUUGUGUGACCGAUGUGGGCGUCGAAGGCUACAUCAAAAUGGAGCUGCCAAACUCUUGGGAAUGCCCCAAGUGCGUGAAAGCGGGUCUAGCAACCAAGCUAGAGCCGAAAGUAGAAGAGCCCAAUCAGCCGUCACCGGCCAAGCUCAUGAAAACUGAAAGUGGGGAUGCCUCGCCCAUCAAGAAAGCCAUGGCCUAUGGUGCGGACACGAAUUUCAGUGGCUAUCAGUUGUUUUCAGUGCAGGGUCGUUCGGAUCAGCCCAAGCACGAGUUGCGACAAAAACUGUCGGAGCAGAUCGUAUCCGCUUCUACUCAUCCUCACAAAGAGCCGCCUUUUGUCAUUCGCCCUCCUCCCAUGCAAAUCUCCGCUGAAGAGAUCUACACGCGUCGGCAAGACGGGGAUCAACUCGUCGACCUCAAAUUGGAACGCGGUGUCAUGCUCAAAGUGUUUCAAAAACUCACUACCGUCGAUUUGAGUCAAUGUGCCUCCGUGUGUCGUGAUUGGAACAAAAUCCUCCAAGAUCCUAGCCUCUGGUCGAUGGUGAAGCUCUCCCAAAUGAAGAUCACCUCUCACUUGCUCUCGCUCAUUGUUCAACGGCAGCCCAAGUCCUUGAUACUGGACUGGAGUAUCGUGGGCAAGCAACACCUGACCUGGCUCCUGCCUCGUAUCCCUCAGACCAAGAUCAUGUCCCUCAGAGGCCUUGAUUACAGUUCCUCGGUCAUUGCUCUCAACACUGUUAACUGCCCCAUGCUCCAAGAACUCGACCUGAGUUUUGUCACCAACUUCAAUGAUGUGGCCUUGUACAAACUGCUCUCAGCGCCCAAGGACUCUCGCCCAGGUUUGUUGGACAAGAAAUCCCGUCAGAAGCUCCUAACAAAGCUGACCUUAGAUGGCACGGAGAUCUCAGAUGUUGGCUUACGAUAUGUCACUCAAUUCCUUAGCCAUCUCCAAGAAUUGCGGAUAGCAAACUGUUGGAAAAUUACGGACGCAGGUUUGGCUCAAUUAAGCAUGAGUGACGCCAAGACCGCCGAAAACCUUCGAUCCUUGGACAUAUCCCACUCCAAAUCGAUCUCGAAUGCGGGCCUACAACACUUGAGUCGCUGUCAAAACCUGACCAAGAUUCAUUGCACGGGAACUGGGAUCACCACGGAAGGGAUGAGGAAGUUCAUUGAACAGAGCCCGGAGAGGCUAAAAAUCUCUGGGGGAUCGUUAAUUGAGCCGAAAUGUGGCCGGAGAUCACAAUGAUCUGUAAGCCCCUCCAUCGAUUGUCAUUUUGCGAUGAAUCUUAGCCUCAUAUUUAUGAUGAUCCUUUCCAAGAAAGAGCAGUUAAAAAUACAAAUUCUUGCAGCCCA